UCAACAAUUUAUUUAUUUAUUCCCCUCAUCCCUCUCUUCAAAAACGCAAGUUCCCUCAGCGUACGUACGUGUAACCCCGUUGAGUUCUUCCAAUGGCUCUGUCUUCAACGAAAGCAACACCCACUAUCACACUCAUGUUUUUGCUUGUGCUGUCACCCACCCUGUGUACCCCACUGGGUGAGACUAACACCGCGGGAUUCGAGCUGCUUAAGGUUUCACCCUCGGAGUUCGCAGGUACAGUGAGAACCGUCGUUGAUGUGUUGCAAGAUGUUACCUCUAUUCUCUCCGAGUUCGGCUCUGCCUUCGGCGAUUCGCGUCUUUCUAACGCCGUUUCGGAUUGUCUCGAUUUGCUCGACUUGUCCUCCGAUGAACUCGAUUGGUCUGUCUCCGCUACACAGACUCCCAAAGGGAAACAUAACAGCACAGGGAACCUGAGUUCGGAUUUAAGGACAUGGCUAAGUGCGGCGCUUGCGAACCAAGACACGUGCAUGGAUGGGUUGGAAGGCACGAACGGCAUGGUGAAGGGCUUAGUGUCCAGUGGGCUGGGCCAAGUGAUGACCCUGCUCCAACAACUCCUAACACAGGUGAACCCUGUUUCGGAUUUCUCUUCCACGCAGGGCCAAUUCCCCACGUGGGUUAAACCAGGGGACAGGAAGCUGCUUCAGGCGAAUGGGGUCCACGCCGAUGCGGUGGUGGCUACCGACGGGACCGGUAACUUCACCAAGAUCAAGGAUGCGGUGCUGGCCGCGCCUAACUACAGCAUGAGGCGCUUUGUCAUAUACGUGAAGAAGGGGGUUUACCAUGAGAACGUGGAGAUCAAGAAGAAGAAGUGGAACCUCAUGAUGCUCGGUGAUGGCAUGGAUGCAACCGUUGUUUCCGGUAACCGGAGCUUCGUCGACGGUUGGACCACGUUCCGCUCAGCUACCUUUGCUGUGAGUGGCAGAGGAUUCAUAGCACGAGACAUAACCUUCCAGAACACCGCAGGCCCAGAGAAGCACCAAGCGGUAGCACUAAGAUCAGACUCAGACCUUUCUGUGUUCUACCGAUGUGGGAUUUCGGGUUACCAAGACAGCCUCUACACUCACACCAUGCGCCAAUUCUACAGAGAGUGCAAAAUCAGUGGCACCGUGGAUUUCAUUUUCGGUGACGCCACUGCACUUUUCCAAAACUGCCACAUAGUGGCCAAAAAAGGGUUACCAAAUCAGAAGAACACGAUCACAGCACACGGGAGAAAAGACCCUGAGGAACCAACGGGUUUCUCCAUCCAAUUUUGCAACAUUUCUGCUGAUUCUGACCUUGUAAAAUCGGUUAACUCCACUCACACGUACCUUGGAAGACCGUGGAAGCCAUAUUCUAGAACAAUUUUCAUGCAAUCUUAUAUUAGUGAUGUGUUGAGGCCUGAAGGGUGGUUGGAGUGGAAUGGGGACUUGGGCUUGGACACGUUGUACUAUGCAGAGUACAUGAAUUAUGGGCCUGGUGCUGGGCUUUCUGAUCGUGUGAAAUGGCCCGGGUACCAUGUGAUGAAUGAUUCUAGCCAGGCUAGUAAUUUCACGGUGACACAAUUUAUUGAGGGGAAUCUUUGGUUACCUUCUACGGGUGUAACGUUCACUGCUGGAUUGGGCGUGUGAAAUUAAUUAAACAUGGCCAAAUCUUGCAUGUGCUUGUUGUACUUUGCUUAUUCUGUUGUGGUUGUUUUAGAGCAAAGGGGACAAAAUGAAAUGUAAAAAAUGUGGUGGGUAGGUGUUUGAUUUCAUUAAUUUGUACUCUGGAUAUUUAAGAAUUAAUUCCCUAUUUUUAUCUUUGGUGUCGGAA